CCCCCCCCCCUGCGAAGCGCGCGCGCUCUCUCUCGGAUGCGCGUUCAAGGCUAGGGUUUCCGAGCAGGGUUCGGCUCCUCCUCCGCCGCCGCCGCCGCCGUCGAGGCUCUUCCGAAUUCUCCGAGAGGGAUCCGAUGGGUUGCUUCUUCGCUUGCUUCCGCGUGAAGGAGGACGGCGAUCGCGCCGGGCUCCCUCGCUCCGUUCGCUACCAGAAGACCCCCGAAGCAGUUGUUUCGCGGAACCCCUUAUCAGCUCUAUUUCUGUCUGAUGGAAAUGAGGGUUCUCCUUGCAAGGACAGUGAAAGUCUUGUUUAUGGAUCUCCACUUAUCAGCAAGGAGCUCAGAGACGAGGGUAAGUUCCUUAAAGCAUGUGGAACGUUACCGGAAACCCCUAAUGAAAUCCGGAAAGCAUCUAACCGGCCAAUGGCUUCACCAACUGAAGGUAGGGAUUCUGAAAAUUCAAAGUUUCACUCGUGGCUUCCAGUUUCAUCCAUUGAGAGGCUUCAGCUAGAGCUUAAUAAGCAACAUGAAUUGUCCCCAACACCUCUAAGACUUUCUGACAAGUGGGGAAAAGGUUCAAAUUCUGCUGAGCAUACAGCUAGCAGCUGCAUAUUAGACGACCAGAACAUGGGAACUUCUUCCAUUAGCUCCAGUGAGGGCAGUCGGGCAUUCGAAGUUAAAACAACUAGCGAGCAUCAUAAGAGACAGAAUGAUAGCAUAGCAACUGCACUUUCACCCUCCAAUCCCACUGUGAAUGCUCAGUGUAGGAACAAGUCAGUGCGUUUUGACAUUGAUGGGUCUUCGUCCAGAGAUUCAACAUCUGAAAUUCCAAGCCGGAGUUUUGAAGAAUCUGAAUCACGCGGUAUUCAGGAUACAUCAAAUGCUGGGCCUCAUCCAACACCAAUGAAGCUAACAGAGGAAAUGCAGACUCCUGGAACUGUUUUUCCUGCAUACAUGGAGAAAUUGUCGCCUCGAAAGGCACGUAUUAGGUCAGAGUAUGUGUAUUCAGUUCUAAAUCCUGUACAGAGCGUCUCUCAGUGGAAGUCACUAAUGGAUGGGGAGUCUAAUUGUAAUCUACUUUUAGAUGAGUUGGAAGACUCUUCUGAGCAACCUGGAAGCACAAGGAAAAAAUCUGAGACGCACAUCGAAGAAACUUCAGCAAGAAAAGAAUCAAAAGUGGAAACAAGCUUAUCUUCCUGGUUGAAACCACCUCAGAAAAAAGGGCAUGACGAUGAUCACGCAUUUAGAGCCGUAGCUAGCAGAAAAUCCCAAUUUCAUAGUACUCCUGGUGAUAGGCCAAUCAUCGGUCUUGUCGCAGCACAUUGGAAUGAAAAUGAAACUCCAACCUUGCCAAAGUGGUGGGAUGGUAAUGGGAUCCCUAAUUCAACUAACAAGUAUAAGGAGGAUCAAAAGGUGAGUUGGCACGCAACGCCAUUUGAGGAAAGGUUGGAAAAGGCGUUGUCUGAGGAAAGUUCUCUCUCUCAAAGGAUGCAGCCUAACGGAAUGCCAAUAACUUUUGAAAGGGAUGACGAAAGUGACACUGCUCUAUCUCAUUUUCGAAAUUCAGCCCACUCGGAGUCCGUUGUGUCAUUCUAGCGAAUCCAUUCCCCCUACUUCUCAUUUGGCUAUGCAUCUAUGCUCAAGACGUGCUUGUAAUUAAUGUGGUUGACAUAUCAAGAAGAGUAAAGGUCUGAAUUUUACUUCAACAUUAGCUUGACAGUGCAACCGUCUUUGUGAUUUUUGAAUGCAAUCUUUGCUUUCAGCCAUUUUGGCUGCUAGAUAGCUGCUUCCAUUGUACCCAGUUGAUGGAAAUUGUCUCGUUGGGGGAAAUACUUGAAUUUUUGCAUGGGUCUAUUUCUGCUCGACCAGCCAUGCAAAUGGUUGCUUAUUCAUCGGGUUGCUUAUUCAUCGGCCUGUAGUAUUGCUGAAGGACUCUAAUACAUGGAUAUGUUACAUGCUUAAUGGAUAUUCCUCAGGAUGAUGGUGAAUAUACCGUUUUGUCUGCUCAUGGUUC